UACAAUAACAGAGGCAGGCGCGGAAGAAGCACAAGAUGCAGAGCCGAGCCCAGAUGAUCGCGCACCAGGAGGCUGUUCACCGCGAGGCCCAACGCAUCGCUUCCCUGUCCGCCAUGAAGCUGCUGCGCGACCGGACACAGCGAGGGGGAAUGCGGCUGCACCGCUCCUUACAACUGGCCAUGGUCCUGCGCAGCGCCCACCAUCUCAUCGUAUCCACCGGCCUUCCCCCGGAGCAGCCCCAGGCCCCCGCCGCUCCCGCAGCCAGAGAGAGGGAGAGCCGCAAGAGGAGGUCGGACGGAGCCCGCACGGGAGAAUUGGUUCCCAGCAAGAGAGUCUGUCUGUGGCAAGUGAUCCCUCGGCCGCAGCCUCAAGGGGGCGCCUUCCCCGGAAUGGCCGAGAUACUACAGAGACUCCUCGGCUCCGUCCCGCGAGUCCAACCUGUGCGCUGCCGGGAAGCCUUGGGGCUGCCGGGGUUCCACUCCAGGACGGUGGAGGCUUUCUAAGCGCUACCGGGGGAGAUGGUUGGAGGAAUCUCUGAAGCUCCUCUGGGGCAUUGGGUCUUGGACCCCGACUGAAUGGAAGUACAAGGUGGAAGCGAAUUAGCGCCUGACUGAAGCCGCUUGUGCCGGCGCAGAAUUACUGCGUGUUGUGCUGAGGAGACUUGGGCCCCGGACUUGUACUGCGAGUCCUGCUCUGGACGAAACCAAACGAGCGGCCUGCGGGUGACUCACUGGAGAGUUUCGGUGCCGCCCAGUCUGGAGAGAACGCCCUUCCCUGUGCAGCGUCUCCAGAAGUGACUCGUGUCUAUUUAUUCCUCUCUCUGCACUGAAACUGCCUCAGGACUGGGACAAAUCUGCCCAUUAUACCUCCCCCCCAUACUGUGAACUGAGUGACCCCUUGCACGGACUGAACCAUUCCUAGUGACGGGGGAAACUCAAUAGGACUGUAUGUCCAGUGUCGCUGUAAUAAAUCUCUUUAUUUUUAUACUA